AUGACCACCCCAAGGAGGGCUUCAGCUCCUGUUGAUCUAGUUGAUGCUGAGGGAGGGUUUGUGGCUGCUGGUGCCCUCUUGAAUGAGGUUCCUAGGGCUGCAGUAGAUGCUGGUGCUGCUGUUGCUAGUGCUGCUGCACCACCAGUAGCUCCAGGGCCCAUGAGGUGGAACAACAACACCUCUGGGCCUGACAAGGUUUUCAAGGACAAGGAUGUGAACUUAGUGGCCAAGCACCUUAAGGAGUACAAUGGGGAGGCUGAAGUGGAUGAGAAGUGGGCUAGGAUAAGUAAGCUCAAAGACCUUAGUGGGGCCUUGUGGGACAGUGAUGUCAAUGCAAUCAUGCUAGAGGGGGAGCACUACCUUGGACACUACAAGGACCACCCUAAGGAUGCUGAGUUCCUUAACUAUCCUAUUAGGUUCUACAUAGAGAUGGAGGCCAUCUUUGGUCAUGCAAUGGCCAUUGGUAGGUUUGCACAAGGUUUUGGUGAGGCCCUUGGGGUUAACCAUGCUGAUAGUGUAGCUGCUAAGGCUAAGGGGACUGCCUUCAACAAUGCCUAUGAGGAGAAAACCAACACUAAAGUUGGUGAGGGCAAAGAUGCAGUGAACAAUGUUGCUAAUGCUCUUAGGGAAAUAGGUCCAGCCCAUGUUGAUGCUAAUCUCUACCUUGCUGUUAUGGAGACUCCUGGCUUCUCUGAGGAGGCUCUCAUAGUGGCCUACACCUACCUGCUGGACAACAAGAUCCAAGGCAGGGGCUUUGUUGGCAUGAGUGACAGCCAUAGGGAUAUUUGGCUUAGGAACUUCCUAGCCAAUAACUACUACAUGUAG